GUGUCUGUCUUCCAGCAUCGGUGGUGAUGUGAACCUUACCAAUGUCACCACUCUGCCAAAUAUUCUGAAAGCGUUUAACCCUUCGAUGACUGGAUUCUCAGUGGGACAGGGGAAUGAAAACUCUCCUCAGGCUUUCCUCAACCAGGCUGUACCAGGAGCCACCAGCGCUGACAUGACCACUCAGGUCCACAUUCUAGUGGACAAAAUGAAGAACGACUCUAGCAUUGAUUUCCUGAAUGACUGGAAAUUGAUCACCAUGUUCAUUGGGGGUAAUGACCUAUGUGACCACUGUGGUGACACUGUUUUUUUCUCAGCAAAUAAUGUGGUGGCUCGCAUCCGUCAAGCUCUGGAUAUCCUACAUAAAGAGGUCCCCCGUGUCCUGGUGAAUCUAGUAGAGCUGAUGUACAUUAUUCCCCUACGGAGCCUGCACCAGGACAAGAGUCUGGGCUGCCCUAGCUGGUUUGUAAACAUAUUGUGUCGUUGUGUGAUGAAACCUACGGAGGGCUCGAUUGAACUCCAAAAGCUCACAGACCUCAACAGAGCCUAUCAGCGUGGGAUGAGGGAGCUAGUGGACUCAGGCCGAUAUGAUACCCACCCCAACUUCACAGUGGUACUGCAGCCUUUCUUCAGAGAACUGGUACUUCCUCUGCUGUCGGAUGGCCGUCCUGAUCGUUCCUACUUCUCUCCAGACUGUUUCCACCUCAGUCAGAAAGCCCACUCCCUCAUGGCCCGUGCUCUAUGGAACAACAUGUUGGAACCAGUGGGGAACAAGACCUGCACCCAAGACUUCUCUCCUGGCCUCUCUUUGCAGUGCCCUUCUAAGACUGCACCCUUCCUUAGGACUGCUCAGAACAGCAACUAUACUUAUCCGGGCCCUCCUCCAUCUCCUCCACCAAUCACGAACUGGGGCAGUGACUUCUCCUGUGCAAACACGGUCCCCUCCGACACUGUGCCUACUUCAGUUCACAGGUUGCGACCAGGAGACAUCAAAGUGGUGGCUGCACUGGGAGACUCUAUAACUGCUGGGUUUGGAGCAAAGGCAAAAAAUAUCCUGCAACUGAGCACUGAGAACAGAGGGGUAUCAUGGAGCAUCGGGGGAGACGAAACCCUGGAGACUGUCACAACAUUACCUAAUAUUCUGAGGAAAUUCAACCCAAACAUCGAAGGUGUCUCCAAGGGUCAGAGCAAGAAGCAGAAUGGCUUCAAUGUGGCUGUGUCAGGAGCCAAAGUAGCGGGAAUCCCAGAGCAGGUCAGACGCCUCAUCGAUGCCAUGAAGAACAAUACGGCGGUGGAUUUCGAGAAGGACUGGAAAUUGGUGACCCUCUUCAUUGGGGGCAAUGACCUGUGUCAGUACUGCAAUAAUAGGGCGAGUCUAAAUAAUAAGAAUAAUAUCAUAACCAUUAUAACUUUACUAGCAGCAAUUUAA